AUGGCGAUGGCAAGUAUUGCAAGGAGAAAGGCAUACUUUUUAACAACAAACUUAUCAAAUUCUUCAAGUGUUGAUGCUUUCAAGUUUUCUUUUUCACUUACAAAAUUCUCUCGUGGGUUUGCCACCUCGGGAUCUGAAGAGAACGAUGUAGUUGUCAUCGGUGGUGGACCAGGUGGCUAUGUGGCUGCUAUUAAAGCUGCGCAGUUGGGUCUCAAAACUACUUGUAUUGAAAAACGUGGUGCUCUUGGUGGUACUUGUCUUAAUGUUGGUUGUAUCCCUUCAAAGGCGCUUCUCCACUCAUCGCACAUGUUCCAUGAAGCCCAACAUUCAUUUGCUAACCAUGGGGUGAAGUUUUCUUCUGUUGAGGUUGAUUUACCUGCCAUGAUGGCCCAAAAAGACAAAGCCGUAUCUACCCUUACUCGAGGUAUUGAAGGGUUGUUCAAGAAGAACAAAGUCUCUUAUGUCAAAGGGUAUGGCAAGUUCAUCUCCCCAUCUGAGGUGUCAGUGGACACCGUUGAUGGUGGGAAUGCUGUUGUGAAAGGCAAGAACAUCAUAAUUGCCACUGGUUCUGACGUCAAGUCUCUACCUGGGAUUACCAUCGACGAAGAGAAGAUCGUAUCUUCUACUGGUGCUUUGGCUUUGAAACAGAUUCCAAAGAAACUUGUGGUCAUUGGGGCAGGCUAUAUUGGACUUGAGAUGGGCUCAGUGUGGGCCCGGCUUGGUUCAGAAGUAACUGUCGUUGAGUUCGCUUCAGAUAUUGUCCCAAGCAUGGAUGGGGAAGUUCGCAAGCAAUUUCAACGUACACUUGAGAAGCAGAAGAUGAAAUUCAUGCUCAAAACUAAGGUUGUAGGAGUUGAUACUUCUGGAGAUGGUGUGAAGUUGACAGUUGAACCAGCAUCUGGUGGUGACCAGACAACUGUUGAAGCUGAUGUGGUUCUUGUCUCUGCUGGUAGGUCUCCAUUUACUGCUGGACUUGGGCUGGACAAGAUUGGUGUGGAGACUGAUAAGGGUGGACGAAUUUUAGUCAAUGAAAGGUUUGCAACAAAUGUUUCUGGUGUUUAUGCUAUUGGGGAUGUGAUUCCUGGUCCAAUGUUAGCCCACAAGGCAGAAGAGGAUGGAGUUGCUUGUGUGGAAUUCAUAGCAGGCAAGCACGGCCACGUCGACUAUGAUAAGGUCCCGGGAGUUGUCUAUACACAUCCUGAGGUGGCGUCUGUUGGUAAGACUGAGGAGCAGGUCAAGGCACUUGGUGUUGAGUACCGUGUUGGAAAGUUCCCUUUCUUGGCAAACAGUCGUGCCAAGGCAAUUGAUGAUGCUGAAGGGAUAGUCAAGAUAAUUGCUGAGAAAGAGACGGACAAAAUAUUGGGAGUCCAUAUCAUGGCUCCGAAUGCUGGAGAGCUCAUUCAUGAGGCAGUACUGGCUCUUACUUAUGAUGCUGCUAGCGAGGACAUAGCCCGCGUAUGCCAUGCACAUCCAACAAUGAGUGAGGCAUUGAAGGAAGCUGCCAUGGCCACUCAUGACAAGCCCAUUCACAUCUAA